UGGGGUUUUUUUUUCAAUUCUUUUAUCGUAUGAGAAAGUUUCUUUCAAUAAUUCUGAAUGGAGUUUACAAACAAACGAAUCGCGCUUACCGGACAUCCAAAAUGGCACUCAGUCGAUUUGAGUACGUAAAACAAUUCGAGCACGAAGAGAAGCUCCUGAAAAACUGCUGGAUCGUGGUACGGGUCGAUGGCAAAGGUUUCCAUCGAUUUUGUAAUGUACACAAGUUCAAAAAACCGAACGAUAUCGAUGCUCUACAACUGAUGAACAUGGCUGGCAUGACGGUGAUGCAAGAUUUCAACGAGAUCGUAUUGGCGUAUGGGCAGAGCGACGAGUAUUCGUUCGUGUUCCGGCGGGACGCCAGCGUGUACCAGCGUCGCAGGGACAAGCUUGUGAGCUACGUGGCAAGUUUGUUCACUUCGGCGUACAUGUUCCACUGGGCGAAUAUCUUUAAGGGCCGUUCGCUUGUAAUGUGCUAUCCCCCCGCGUUCGAUGCAAGAACCGUACUCUAUCCGACCGAUGAAAAUCUCCGUGAUUACCUCAGCUGGAGGCAGGCGGAUGCUCAUGUGAACAAUUUAUACAAUACUACUUUUUGGAAUCUGGUGUCUUCCGGCAUGAGCAAUGCGGACGCUGAAAACAAACUGAAAGGCACGCUUGCGAAAGACAAGAAUGAAAUCCUAUUCACGCAUUUCAAUAUCAACUAUAACAACGAGCCUUUAAUAUACCGGAAAGGAACCAUUCUUAUGCGAAAAACUAUUGAAGUGAAAGAAAAGAAACAGAAAUUCAUCGUUCCCAUUUUUGAGGACCUUAUAGGUGAUGAUUUUUGGUUAAGACAUCCAGAGAUAUUGGGCAAGAAAACCAACCCGGAGGACAUCUACGAUCUGGGGGUAAACGAUAAACAACCAAUCAUCCAGUAUCAGCUUGGCGUGUUUGAAAAGCGAAAAGAUGGUAGAAAUAAACCAGUAGAUGAGUAAAAUUUUGAUGGCUUUCACAAAUAAUUCAUUAGUAGCAUUAUCUCCAUUCGUACACCCGCGAACAUUGCUUGAUAGAUAAUAAAUAUUAAGAU